AUGACAUUGAGCCAAAUUAGGAAAUUCGAAAAUUCUAAUGACAUUUCCAUCAAUGUCUACGCCAUCGAGAAGGGGAAUGUGCCGAUACGACUCGCGGACCGAAAGAAGAGCAAGCACGUAAACCUGUUGUACGUGGAGGAUGAUAGCGCGGGACACUAUGCGCUCAUCAAAGAUUUAUCCUGCCUUGUCAGUUCACAAAUUAACAGAAAAGGACACAAGAAAUAUUUCUGCGAUAGAUGCCUUCACUACUUUGACUCGAGCGCAAAACUAGAGAUGCACAGUGAGGACUGUGAAAAAAUUAACGAUUGUGCGGUAAGGCUGCCGAGCAAGGACGACAAGUGGCUAAGCUUCCGCAACCACUGCAGGAAAGAGCGCGUCCUGUUCAUAGUCUACGCCGAUCUUGAGUGUGCAUUGGAAAGUGUGGGGGUCGAAGGUUUAGUCGCUCUUAUUCUAAUAAGGCAGCGGCCGUCGCCUUCGGCCUCACUGCCGGAUCGUUGA